AUGGGCGAUAAUUUGCCGCCACUGGAGCUUCUCACAGAGGAAGAAGCUGCACUUCUGGCGGAGUAUGGUGUCAAGGGUCCUUACGAUGAUCUUCUUAGGUUUCCUGCUGCAUCUACAUGUGUUUUUGAUUACGGCGGAAGGGACGUUUUUCUCACUGGCACUCGUUCUGAUGAGGGCGAUAAUGAUAACAAGAGGUUGGACAAGACGGACGCAGGAGAAAUCAAUCAUGUGGACCAUACGUGGCCUCUUGACUGUGUCUUAUUGCACCAUACCCACAUGCUCUCGUAUUCCACAGCAAUACCUCUGUGGGAUGGCGUGAAUGGGGUUUUAAAUGGCGACACAAAGAUUGUUCCAAUCAUGGCCCCUCAUAGCCCGCUGUCUGUAGAGAGAUCGGAUGCUGUUGGUUCUAUCGACCGCGAAGAAGGUAAAUUUGAAAUGGAAGAUGUUUCGCCCGCCAGACAGUUCAAUAGGUAUGAAGGGAGUGACCUGGAUUUAUUGGUCACCGCAGACGACGUACUGCGAGAGGCAGACGAAUUAUUAGCUAAACGUAUACAAUACAUGGAUCCCAUGGCUGAAGCUUACCUGUUGGAGAGAGAACGUGCGGCGCUCGAGGAGGAGCGUCUCUGGUCUCCAAUCCACGGUGCCGAAACAACAACGACUGCUCUUACGGAAAGCGACGGCAGCUCGGAAGAUGAAGACGCAGCGAAAGAAAAAAAUGGAAAGAAGGAGCUCAAAAAUCUCUUUGCUUAUGAAUUUGGACCGACGACAGAGGAGCAGCAGACCCUCCAUGAGUGGGAUGAAGCGGUGCUGAGGUGUGAGCAGCGGUUGGAGCUGUUGCUGAACAAUGUCGUGGGCGGCGAAACGAUGAACGCUUCCCGUGAUGAAGAACUGGACGUCAUGGCUGAGGUUUCUCCCUCGUUGCGGGCGGAGGAGUACCACGAGGCGCCGAUUCUUGCAACACACCCACCGUCGGUGAAGCAGCAUACCGGAAUUUUGGAAUCGAUCGCAACGAUGGAAGCAAGAGAUAGUGAGCUGCAGGCGGCAGCGUGCCAGCAACUGGAGAAAGCGCGAGAGGAACGCCGUCGUCCUCGCCGUGCUCCGCCGGCUGAAAUUGUCUUUGACCAAUUCAUGACCCGAGUGAAUCAACUUCUGCCACCGAAUGAGAUGGAGGUGAAAUUAGAGGCCACAGAAGCCCUCGAGUCGGCGGAGGAGGUGAAAAUGGCGCCAAUUUUGAGCGGAGAAAAGACGGCAGUCGGGGACGCAAAGGGUCACACGCAGCCGUUGAGUACCAACCAGGUUCAAAGGAAUGCGCGGCGCGAGGGAUUUCGUGUUCGCUGCGAACUCCGUGAGGCGUGGUGCAUGCAGGAGGAAGAUCGAAGAGCCACCCGUCUUUUGCUGUGGCGUAAGGAGGAAGCUACACGUAUUCAGAACGACAUUCAGGGGUGCCUGUCCGAUGAGCGCAGUAUGCGUGAAAUCCUUCUUUUAGAAGAGUGCAAUGUGUACCGGGAGAUUUAUUACCUAGAACGCCAAAGUGCUUUUAAAGCCAAAGAAAGUGAGAAACUUCGCCAGGAAGAAUUCAGGUCCCAGCUUGUGCGUAGUAUCACGAAGGAACAUGCAGACAUUCGGCAUGAAAUUAUGGCGAUGGAAGAAGGCACCAUGAGGAAAAUUUUGCAGGAAGAACAACAUGCAAGGGAUCUUUUACUUAUUCGCCAGCAGGAACACACCGCACACAACAUUACAACUGUGCCGCUUUCGAACUCCACUGAAUGGAAAGAUAGUGACGGGAACGAGGAGAGAAUUACAGAAGCGGCGCCGUUACAAAAAACGGCUCAGGCGUGGAAACUUUUAAAAUCAUCUGGUCAAUUCCCUGCAUCAAGAACAUGUAUCGAUCAUUCACCUAUCGGCAAUGCCCUUCGCCUGCAGUCUCUGCAGCGGGAGGAAAGCAUGAGAAGAAAAUGGGUAGACGAGUGCAAAAAAGGUAUAAUUCAGACUGCAAGUGCAUUAGCGGAAUUGAUGCACGGUGUGGAUGAGAGAACAACAAACACCUCGCUGCCUGGCGUCCGACCGGGGGUUAAUGCCACUCCCACUCCACCGACGCUGUCGAAUGAUGUGUCCUAUUCUUCGUUGGAUAACACAACCAUUCGCUUAGAUGCAAAUUUGGCGAAGCAGCUGCAACCGACUGUUUUUGGUGGUGUGAAGAGCAGCCUGCGGGAAGUGGCGCAGCUUUGCCAUAGACUCUCCUUUGCUCUGGAGCAGGUUGCCGCGGUGGACUUUGCUAGUUUGGCCACGCUGGAGGUUUGCACAAACGACGGUGUGUGGAAUUGCAAAGAGAAACACAUGACACCUGCGGCUCCGUUAGUACAGGAGCUUGAUCUUGGAGGCAAUGCACUUCGCACGUUGCCUCUCGAUGAUCUCCUCCGAGUGUUUCCUUCCAUCCGUCGUUUAAACAUCAGCGACAAUGGACUGAGGGAUGUGACGUGUCACUCUGCGUCAUUGCGUGGGGUAUCGGAAGCUCAUGCUCAUUCCUUGGCACAGUCAACCCAUCUCUCCCACCUUGAUGUCUCUAUGAAUAAAUUGCAUAGUGUCGAGGUCAUUGGAAAGCUUCUUCCAUACCGGUUACGCUCAUUGGUGAUGUAUGCAAACCAUGUUGACUCUUUGUUGCCGUUGGCGUCGUGCACUCACCUUGAGAGCCUUGAGGCAAGUCGUAACCGAAUUUCCUCGCUUUCUGAACUGCAACAUCUUUCUCUCUUACGGACUCUGGACUUGAGUGAGAACUGUCUCAUAACCUGGGACGCAUUUGCGCAACAUGUACUGCUGCAGAAUUUGUAUCUGUCACGAAAUCAGAUUAGUGCGUUCCCAAAAACUCUAUUCCUUGGCUUCAUACGCCAGCUCUUUAUGAAUGAGAACCAACUUGAGGUACUUCCCAGUGAAUGUUUUUGCUGGCUCCCUUUUCUAUCGGUGCUUCAUGUCGAGAAUAAUAAGUUGCGUGAUGUAUCGGGCCUGGCGCAUUGCCCCCGCCUUACAGCCGUAGGUCUUGCAUUUAACCGGCUACAACGAGUGGAAGAUCUUUCUCCUCUUGCGGCGUGCAAAAAGUUACGGAGUUUGUCUGUGAAUGAAAAUCCAUUUACACGUGGAAUUGAUUGCAACAAAUUUGGAACAUCAGCAAAGGUAAAGAUGACACUGCUUGCCUGGUUUCCACAACUUUCCGAGCUCAAUAAUGAGAAAUUGAUAGAUGCAGAACGCAGCAGUGCUAUGGAGGACGAAAUCAUGUGGCUUCGUCCUUUUAGCAUGGCCCGUCGUUUGAGGCAACAGUUUCACGAAAGUGCGGUGUAUGACGCUUGGUAUUGGCCAUGUGGAUCCACAGUGGAAGAUGUACAGCAAGUGUGUGGCACUAGGGAAUGGGGUUCGCAAUACAUGAAUGUAAAAAGUGGGUAUGCUGCGUUGUUUUCGGCCCUCACAAGUGAUGUGGCCUUAACAACACUUCAAAAGGAACAAGAUGUUCUUAUCGCCUUUUGCCGGAGACGGCAUCAUGAUGCGUUACGCGUGGAGGAGGAACUACAAAAAAGAUUUCGUGAAUCAAAGCAGCGUUUUAAUCCGGUUAUUCAUCUUUUAUCGAAUACGGUUGAUGAACGAAAUGGACGUGAAACGAAUAGUACCCUGCGGCAACAUUUAACGUCUCUGCAGACGAUGCCGCAAAUAAUGGCCAAUAUGCAUUUACGUUCGGUGCUUUACCAUGAGCGCAUGAAAGAGCACCGUGAAGCGAGGGCAAAAGUUUUCAUUUGUGAAUGGAUGCGUCUUCGGCUCCUUGGUAGGCGAGCCAAGAAGGAGCUUGAGUCAUUAAAGGCGGCUUAUGCGGAAUCACAGCGACGGCGCUAUGAAGCAGCUGCACGUGUCAUUCAGCCCGUGUGGCGAGGAGCGGCGUUUCGCUCACGUCUUCAGCGGAUCUUACACAUAAAUGAGGAUAAAGAUGAUGAUGAAUUCACCCAUGUUUCUUUGGACUUUAUUGAUGACUUGCAGACGAAAGGCGAUGGUGAUGGUGUUGAGGCCGUCCUUCAGCGAGUGCUGCAAUCUCAUGGGGCUCUACCGAACUUCCCCGUUUCAUCGUCUCCCACCCGAAUCACUGGUGCUCAAUAUAGUUUGGUGGGGCCCUUGCUGCCUCGUGCAAGCUCCGUCCUGCCGGACGGGACAAGUCGCAUCGGUGAAGAGGAAAGGCAACGCCCGGAAACUCAGCCGCAGAGAGGGACGAGGCGGUUGUCUCAAGAAGGACGAAAGCAACAAAAAGAGGAACAGUUGCCACCUCCUUCAUCAUUCUCGUCAUCAUCACGUGUGGAUGAUGAAUGGGGUGCGCUGGUGAGUUCACAGUUGCGGAAGAGGCAAAAGAAGAUGGAGCGUGCGCAGCGUGAGAACAUGCGUCGUGAAUUUAUGAAAGAUCCUCUGAAGGUGAAAAGGGCGCUUGGGGGCGGGUAA